AGGACCCACACUCUUCCAUUUUGAGCUUCCAGCCCGCCUUCAAAAUACUAGUAGUAAUAUAUUAAGUCCUUAUUUCUACAGGCUCUGUACAUUCUUGAACAAGGGCUAAAACCUGCAGAAAAGAGAAAACAUAAAGGUCUAAGCUGUCGGUGCAAUCAAAAUAAGAACAACCUAGAAAGAAAAAGGGAGGUCCUGUGUAGUACUAUAGCAGCAAAAAGUCUGAAACAAUUCAAGGUCGAGUUUGAGAUAAUGAGAAGUCCUUCCCUGGUUGGUGCAAGUCGUGGUGAUACGAAGCUGCAAGACAGGCUUAAACCAGACAAGUCUAAGUUAUCAUAUGCAGAUCUCCAUUCAGAAGUAGUGAAUGAUGUUAAAUUUAUGAAUCCCCCUUCUCCAAGUCCUCAUCGAAAGCAACAUGCUAGAGUGGAGGCAACCAAACGAGGAGUGCUUGUUAAACCUGUGUCAAGAUCACCAGCUUAUCUAGAGAAGGAAGUAGAAGUUGUGGACAAGCCUUUGGAUAUCGGGGGGCUUGAUUGGCGUAGUUUUGAAGAUUGGCAGUAUUAUCAUCCGAGAACUCCUAUUAGAAGUACCAGGUACUCAUCACCUAGCAACAUUGCCCCAAACUGUUUUGAUGGUUCAUCUAAUCGUCGGCCAAGAGGUCAUAGUAGCUCUCCUAUUGGUCGUAGAGGGCGCAGGCCUACGCUGCAAUCUUAUUUAGACUUGUCUACCAGCGAAGGUCAGCUGGAAUUCGUGAAGUCUUCUUGGAGAAAUACUGAUAAGUUUCAAGAUGUCAAAGCUGUGCCAAUCAACUCUGUUGAUGGCCACGCUAAUGUUCUGAAAGAGUUUCGGUUUUUCAACAAAAAACCUUCAGAAGUUAAGUUAAAAGAGUGCAAUAAAAUCCCCAAGACAAAAACCUCCAGAAACAUUGAUGGCCAUGGAACAGCUUCACAUAUGAAAGGAAAGUUUGAGGCCAAAUACGACGAAUAUAUGAAGAUGUCUCAGAAACUUCUGGAUCAGAACAAUGAAAUGCCUCGUGUUGUGUCCCCGGAUAACAAAAGGAUAGUCCUACUUUUGCCAAGAGAUAGUCCUGGGAAUACAGAUGCUGCAGUAUCCCGCAAUUCUGAAACAAAUGGUAGAAAAAGUACAGAACGUUCCCGGAUGAACUUAGAAGGAUUUCAUUUUGAGAAGCUCUCCCGUGCUGACCUUUGUUCCAGCAUCCCACAUAGCCUGCCGCCUCAAGAAAUUGAUACUGUUGAAGGCUCACAGAAGGGACAACAUGAUGAUGAUACAAUUAAGUUUAAGUUCUUUCCCUCACCCCCAUCAAAGACAAGCUCAGUUAGUCCGCUUAAAAGCAAGUUUGAGGAUGCAAAGUCACCUGUGAUGCCAAAAGUUUUAACCUUAUCUAAUGGUUCUAGGGGAUCAGAUAUGAACAUAGGAGCUGCGCCAACAACUAAGUUGAGACACGCUUCACCAAAACGUCUAUUAGGAAUUGGCUUAAGCAAAAUAGGCGUUAUUGCCAGUCCCAAAAACAGUGCAGUUGUACUUCAAUCUGGCUCUCAAGUUGUCACAGCCAAAAACAGUGCAGGCCUAGAGGGGGGCGAUUCUUCGUCUUGCUCAAAAAGUCCAAUAAGCCAUAUACCGAAUACUAUAAGAAAAGGAUCUAGUCCUUUGAGAAGACUACUUGACCCAUUGCUAAAACCAAAGGCAGCCAAAUCUCAAUCUCUUCCAGAUCAAUCAAGCGAUUAUUCAGCAUCAUCUAAUAGGGUCUCCACAUCUUUUCAUGCAGAAAAGGAACCUUCUUCAGUGCAUUCAACGAAUGUAAACUUGGAUGUUGUACCUCUCUGUGAAACAAGAGGAUCCUCAACAAAACAAGCGUAUAUAAAAGUUGCAGUCAAGAAUAAUCUUCCUUUAUACACAUUUACCGUUGACAACGACAGUUUUGUUCUAGCAGCAACUGUCAAGAAGUUUUCACUGAGAAAAGAUGAUACUGUCUGGAUUUAUACCUUCUUCAAAAUUCAAGAAACGAAGAAAAGUGUAGGUUGGUUGAAUUAUGGACCGAAAAACAAAGAGUACAUUCCUAAUGUGAUUGCACAAAUGAAGGUUUCUGACAUGCAACAUUUAGAUUCAGGUGGAAAGCAUUUGGCUGAUAGGUUGAUCUCAAAGGAGUAUGUUUUAUUUGCGGCUGACUUGAGGCUGUUUGAUAAGCAACCAUCAGAUGUUGAGCCAAACGAUGAGCUUGCAGCCAUUGUUGUCAAGCCUACAACAAAAACCACUGCAAGUUUACAUGAGUCACUGCCAGAUCUUGGAAACUCUUAUAAUGUGAGGGGUCUUUCUAAGAAUAAAUUGUCUGUUAGAAGUCAUAAAGUUCAGAGCAUGACUGUCAUACUACCUGGUGAAGCUCAUGGUAUGCCUAGUAAAGGAGAACCAUCAUCUCUGAUUGAACGAUGGAAAUCAGGCGGCUUAUGUGAUUGUGGAGGUUGGGAUCUUGGCUGCAUGGUGAAAGUUCUUGGUAAUCAACAUCAAAAUUCUGCAGGGCAGUUUGAACUUUUUACACAAUCUCAGGAUGAAGUCUCAAAGUGUCCACCAUUCUUUGCGCUGUCCUCACUAAAUAGUGGGAUCUUCUCAGUCAAGUUUGAUUCAUCUAUUUCAUUUCUACAAGCAUUCUCCAUUAGUAUAGCAGCAAUAGACAGCAGAAAACCAUCCGAGCUUCAAGAACCAAGCGGCUUGUUUAAGGAGAAUUUAGCUGAAACACAUCACUAAACAAAUAUGAAAAUGAGUCCCCUAAUAAGUCAGGUGAUAUUUCUGCAAGUCUGCAACAUGUCACAGACUCAUCCCAUUCCGCUGUCCAAUGAGUCUAAAACAUGAAAAUAAUAUUUCACUAGAAGCCGGGCAUCCAAGUUUCAUC